GAAGUGACCUGUGAGUGAGUUUUUAACUUUGUGACAAUGUCGAAAUUGGAGGAGAAGUUGAGAGCGCGAUUAUUAGAUCGUGAGAAACGGUCGCAAUUACGACGAUUGACGACGUUUUCAGCUGACAACGUCGAUUUUUCUUCAAAUGCAUACCUCUCACUGUCUUCGGUACCGGAAAUUCGAAUCGCGUAUCAGUCCCUUGUUGAGAAUCAUGCAGCGCCGCCUCCGUUGCUAGGGUCUGGAGGUUCACGGCUGUUGGACGGCAAUUCAACCCUCGCCGAGAAUCUGGAGAGGGACAUUGCGGCAUUUCACAAUGCAGAUGCUGGAUUGUUGUUCAAUUCGGGGUUUGAUGCCAAUGUUGGUCUUGUGAGCUGCUUGCCGCAGCCGGGGGAUGUUGUGGUGUAUGAUGAGCUUAUUCAUGCGAGUGCUCAUGAUGGAAUGAGGUUGAGUCGCGCGGGACGGAGGGUGUCGUUUAAGCAUAAUCGUGUGUAUGGGGAGGGCGGUCUCGAUGAUGUUUUGAGUGGAAUUGGGAGCGAGAAGUCGGUUUUUAUCCUUGUUGAGGGUGUUUACAGCAUGGAUGGCGAUGUUGCUCCUCUCAAAGAGAUUCUCGAAUGCGUCAAAAGGAGACUCCCGACGAACGGCUACAUCAUCGUCGACGAGGCACAUUCAACAGGCAUUUUUGGUCACCAAGGACGAGGUCUGGUCUGCGAAUUGGGUUUGGAGAAGGAAAUAUUCGCACGAUUGCACACUUUUGGCAAAGCAAUGAGUUCUUUUGGAGCUAUCGUUUUGUGCUCCCCUACGACACGAGAGUACCUCAUAAACUACGCCCGAACUCUCAUCUACACGACCGCAAUGCCAUUCUCCUGUCUCGCAAGUAUCGGUAUCUCCUAUCAGUAUCUCCAGAGCGGAAGGGCUGAUGAGAGGCUGAAGCAUCUCUGGAGUCUGGUGAGCUAUACACACAAGUUACUAGCGGAGGCAUGCUCCCUCAGCCAAUCAAUUCGCGCAGAGGAAGCCCCAAGAUCUCCAAUUAUACCGGUUUUCACCUCCCAGCCACGCAGUCUAGCUCAAUUCUGUCAGGAAAGAGGAUUCACGGUUCGACCUAUCGUGGCGCCGACGGUACCAAAGGGCAGUGAGAGGGUGAGGAUCUGUGUGCAUGCAGGGAACACUGUUGCGGAAGUGCAGGGAUUGGUUGAGGCUAUUAAGCUGUGGGUGCAGGUCCACGAGGGGUCUGCUAAACUAUAGACAAGAUUGUAGAAGUAGACCGGAAUGCCACUAGCAAUUUGAGGCGUCUUCAUUCUUAGUACACGCUUGGCAAGCCUUGAGUUAGUAAUAGCUCAGGGCUCGUGAAUCGCGAAUCUUCAUCGACGAGUAAUAGAAUGACUAGUGAGGCGUUUCGGCGAACCUUAUGUCAGUCCAU